AUGGAGGAAACAAUCGCCGAACUACGACGACAGCUUGAGGAAGAGAGACAGGCGCGAGAAGACGCAGAAGCGCGAGUGCAACCCGAACUACGACGACAGCUUGAGGAAGAGAGACAGGCGCGAGAAGACGCAGAAGCGCGAGUGCAACCCACAACACUAUUUGGGCUUCUUGAUCGGUGCCACAUCUCUCUGUCCCAAGCGAUCCGAGUUGAGACGGAUGCGACCCUUACGACCCAGGGUGAUGCGACCGACCCAGUCAACCGACUUUACCCCAAACGUAUCAUACCCUGGCUUGAUUUUCCCCAACUCCAAGAGAAAAUUUGGAAGAAAUUCGACCGUAUGGGCACCUUCGCAACACAGCCAAUCUUUCCAUCCAACGAACAGUUAGAUUACGUCGCCACGAACAUUCAGAAUCGGCCGAUCUAUUCCGAAGCAUCCCUGCGAAAUUUUGAGCGAGAAUCAGUGGAUAAUUUUGUCGAAAAAAUCAUCGAAGCGCUACGCGACAAUGAAAUUCUUCGACAUGAGUUUGACAUCCAGGGUCGAGUCACAUUCUAUGACCGCGCGGAAACCUCGCUGGAAAACAGUGUUAAGCAAAUGACUCUCCAGAACACGCGGUCGCCCCAACGACCGGCGAAUACUAGACAUAAUAGAAGAGCCACGCAGAACCAGACGAGACCUCGUACUCCACGAAAGCGGAAUCGCCGCGCUGACCAAUUCUGCGUACACACCGUGGCCAACGAGCAAAAAAAGCCAGUAUAUGCAGUGGAGUUCAAGGCGCCGCAUAAGUUAACAAUCCCAGAAUUAGUAGCGGGCCUACAUGAGAUAGACCUAGCUCGCGAUGUCAUUGAUCAGGAAGGCGAUACGUUCGAGUACCAUGCCACCCGCCUCGUCUCCGCCGUGGUCACUCAGAUCUUCUCAUAUAUGAUUGACAGUGGACUUCAAGACGGCUACAUCUGCACAGGAGAGGCUUUUGUUUUUCUCCAUAUUCCAGAGGAUCCUACUGUUAUUCAAUAUUACUUAUGUGUGCCGAAUCAAGACGUGCAGGGGAAUGAUCAGUGCCGUCUCCACCGGACGGCUAUCGGCCAGGUACUUGCCUUCACUCUUCAAGCGCUCGCCGCCGAGGCUCCAUCUCAAGAGUGGCAUGAUACAGCGCAUGACGAGCUUACUACUUGGAAAGUCGAAUAUUUGGACAUCUUGCGGGAGAUCCCCGAAACUGUGCGAAGCCAAGGCCGGCCAACCUCAAUUUAUCGACCCUCGCACUGGAAAUUAGAACCCAAAAUACACAAUACACGGUCCCGCGCUCGCUGUCAACCAGGUAUUUCGACUCCGAAGCACUCGUCUGCGGAAGGGAGCGGCAGUGAGGAAGAAUCCUAUUCCCCGUCUACCGCGGCAGCAGCGCGUAGCCAGGCGAGCCAUCAAAAAUCGAGCCGCAGCAGGAGCAACAAACAACAGUCCGACCGCAGACAUGGUAGGACGGAAGCAGGACAGAAUUCUGAAAAGAAUAACCAGGUCACACGAGCGUACUGCUCCAUAGACUGCAUACGCGGCAUAGUCAAUCGAGAUACUCUGGAUAAAAAAUGCCCAAAUUUACAAAGCCACUUACAACAUUCUAGCAGUCACAGGCAUUCGAUGGGCUCGGCAGAGUUCAGCCGCAGACUUCACCGUCAGCUCGUGCGGAAUCGAAAUGAGGGAUUUGAGCAAUUACACGUGCGCGGCCGAACGGGUUACCUUGUCAAGGCAACCCUUCUAACGCAUGGAUACACUGUGGUCAUCAAAGCUACUACGGCAGAGAAGCAGCACCGUCUUCAAGCAGAGGUAGAAAACUAUAGACACCUGACAAGUCUGCAGGGCCGACAGAUUCCCGUCUGCUUAGGUGCUUUCAAGCCACGAAUCGCAUAUUGGUACCACGGUGAAAUGAUGGCGCACAUGAUGAUCUUGGGCUGGUCUGGAAUGCGACUUCAACAUGUCGUCAACGACCAAAAUUCUAGUUUCUUUGACCAAAAACGCAAGAAAGCUUUGGCUGUGCUACGGUCGCACGGAAUUAUUCACUGUGAUAGUGAGUGGCGCAAUAUGUUAUGGGACCAUAUAGGCCAUCAUUUGGUCGUCGUUGACCUGGAGGACGUGAAGUGGCUGAAACGGCCUUGUGCGGUUGAGCCAGCCCCAGGCAACAUACAUCAUAUCCAUCGCGCCCGAGAUGAGAAGAACAGGCCAAAGUUCUUAUCUAGCUCGGCUAGUGUCUGCACAUGA